GCUUUGGUAAGUUUAUUUUUAACAAUAAAAAUUAAAAAAUAUAAAUUCUUCGCAUACAUGUCUAAAGGCAGUUUUAAGAAGAAUUUUUAUGUAAUAUAUAAGUUUAUAAAUGGUUGACAUAUAAAACUAUACUAAAUUUUUCAGAGACUGAUUAUUGUCGCCUCUGGGAUGGCAAUAAUAGCUACGCAAGAAUCUGAGCCUCCUAAAAUCAUCACUGAAAGAACAUUUCUAAGACAAAAUGGCUAUGACUUUGACUUUCAGACAAGCGAUGGCGUAUCGAGGAAAGAGGAGGCUGAGCUAAUCACUGUCGGAGAUCAUCAGGGCAUCGGAGUGAAAGGCUCUUACUCAUACUUCAGUCCCGACGGACAACAGUACGUCGUCACCUACACCGCUGAUGAUAAGGGUUUCCGACCAAAAGUUAGCAUCAGCCCUGCGGGCAGCCUAUAAAAUAUAUCUGUUCUAAAAAUUUACUA